AUGAGCAAAGACACAGGCCAUGGGAUAGUUACACAGUGCAUAAAAGAAUGGAGGGAGUAUUUGAGUGAGGAAAAGUCUGAGGUGGUAAAGAAAAUACAGGAGAUGCGAAUUAAAAAUACCUUUAUCCCGCCUUCCCUGGUAGAGAAGCACGUAGUCUUAGAGCAGGAGGAUGCAAAGGAGAAGAGAAAAAAGGUAAAAAAGACUGUGCAGACUGCAGAGAAGAAGGGACCAAAAGAAGCAGAGAAAGAAAGCGCAGCACACGGCACAGAAAUCCAGGUUCCUGCAGAGAAAGAGCCCAAGAAAGGGCCUUCUUCAGUAGCCAAGAAACCAAGGACCAAGAAAGUUCAAGACAAGGAGGGAGUGAAGAGUACUCAGAAGGCUCAGUUAAGUGAGACAGAAGAGAAAGCAGAGGUCCCUUCCAAGAAGACAUCUCCUUCACCAGAAAAGGAACAGGCUAUUAGCAAAGACACAUCUGAGAAGAAAACCUCCAAGAAAGCAAAAAAGCAGAAGGAGAAGAGUGCUAGUCCAUCCGAAGAACCUUCAUCCGUAAAAAAAACCACCAAGAAAGCACAGCCUGUCUUGUCUGAGAAAAAAGAAGACCCUUCUGAGAGCAAAAAGAUAGCAAAGGAUGCAUCGAGUAAAAAAGAGAUGCAAACUAGUAAAAAAGAAGCACAGACAGUAGAGACAGAGAAGAGUGAGAGUAAGCCCACUGAGAGCCCAGCUACUGUUCUUUCUCCUUUAAGCUUGUUUGAGAAGAUGAAUCCUAUGGCUAAUCCAACUGGACAGGAUAGCCUGGUUAUUCAGCAGAAAGAGAAGAAGGUUGAUCCAUCUACUAGUGCCAGUCCAAAGAAGCAAAGUACUAAGGAGACUGCAGAAGAGAAACCUGAGCCAAUAGGGGAAAAGUCAGAGAAAACAUCUGAUGCAUCGGUGGCACACCCUUCAUCUACUAGCACAGAGCCAUUAGAAAAAACAGCAGAGACAUCCGUGCAAACUACAACGCCUGUAAAAGAGACUUCGAGUGGUAUGCCUCUGGUCGGUAUAGAGUCCAAGUCUAUGCCAAAAUCAGCUAAAACAUCGCUAAUGAACAAAGAGACACCAGCAGAGACCUCAGAGCCAAAGAUUUCAAUUGCUGUCGGUGACCUUGCCAAAGAGGACAUUACUCCACCCUUAGAUCGAUCUACGCCUGCUGUCUCUACACCUAAAAACAAGGCCUUUUUGGAUGGUGAGGUGGUAAUGCCUUCUAUUAUCUCAGAUGUCCCGAAUAAAAAAGACACCAUAAACACUAACACGGCAGUUAAUAAAGAGAGACUUUCGGAUGAGACAAAGGAAAUAAGAAAGGACCACUUCAAGAAGUCAUACAACGAGUCUUCAACUGAGAUGGACAAACCAAGCAAAAAUAUCCACCUGUCAUCAACUCUCUCAGUGGCCCACUCUGUUGAUGAAAGCAAUUUUGAAAGACUUCUUCCAUCGAAGAACGAAAUAUCAGUAGAGGCUGUUAAAAAGAACCUAAUCACAAGCCAGAAGAGGCUUAUCUCUGAGAAGAAAAGGGACAGACCAAACCAGUCAUUCGUUGGCUUGAAACCAGAAGAGCUGAAAGAGAAGACAUUUGAGCUGAAUAAGCUGCUGAAAACCUUCAAGACUAAGAUUAAGCAAGACCACACUCCACAGCCCCCUCCUGCACAAGAACCUGCAGAUGCAAAGGACAAACACUCCGAGCCAGAAAGUGCAUUUACACCGGUCAUUGACUUCUCAGACGACGAGCCGUCACGUGGCAUUAAAUACAACACAAAGUGGGUAGACAGUCCAUCUCUUCCUAGAAAGCUUCUCAUGCAGAGCGAAGACCAAGCAGAAAAAAUCUUUGGGUCGUCUGUAAAUACCAAAGUAAAUCUGAAGGAGAUGUUCUCCACACUCAAAAACCUUCCAUCAGACAGCCCUACAAAAAUGACAUAA